CGGGACGGUCGAGACGCCGCGCGGUCGGCCUUCUUCCCUCCGUCGAAUGGACCCGUCCGUCCUCCCCCCCCGAGUGGACCGGUCCCGACCGCCGCCCGGAGCAAACGGGCGCCGCCGACUCAUUCGGUCCAUGGAUGGUGACGCGGUGGACGGUCGACGGCGUCCGGCUCCCGGCCGGGCUUCUGCGGCGGGCGGCGGUGGCGCGCUCCGGCCGGCCCGCGCCUAGGAUGCGGGCGGCCACCGCCUGGACCCUGGUGGCGCUGGUGGCCCUGUGCCCCCGGAGGGCCCGCGCCUCCGAUGGAUGCGACUGGACCGGAAGUGGACUGGACCAUCCGGAAUCCUUCCGCGGGGUGCGCCCCGUGUAUCUUCGCUGCAGCCAAGGGAGAGUAGAGUGGCGCUAUCCCCGAGGCGCCCUCAGGGUGGUGUUGCGACACGGAACUUCCGGCCGCGACUUUCGCGGCUGCCUGCGAGUUGGCCCGGAUUGGGCCGGGGCUCGUCUCUAUCUGGAAGGACGACGCAAGCUGCAUCCCCUGUUCGCCCCCGACGACGGCAGUCCCUUGGAUCUACUCCGCUGUUUCGCCUCGGUGGACGGCCGCGCCGCCCUGUACGUGGAGUCGCAACCCGGCGCCCGUCUGCCGCUACGAAGGACGGCUUCUUUCUCUUACGACCUGAGGCCCGCUUCCAAAAGGGCUCUGGCAGACGACAUGGAAGAGUGUCGUCCCUGCACCGAGGCCGAGGUGACCACCGGAUACUGCACCGGCGACUGGGUGCUGCGGGGGACCGUCAGCGCCCUGGACCACGACCACAGUCUGCGCAGGACCGAGAUCACCGUCAGGGCCGUUCGGGUGCUGCGGGAUGCGGCCGGGGGACUGGAGAAGAGCCGAGGGAGGAAGACGGAUCCGGCGGCCGACUACUACGUGGUGCAUCGACCCCUGAAGUGCGGCACUCGGGCAGGCGCCGGCCAGUACCUAUUCGUGGGACGCUGGCUGCUGGGCUAUCCGGUGGUCACCUGCGCCCCCAGGUACUCCGACUGGAAGAAGAUGAGGAGGAAGGCGCUGGUCCGGGGUACCGGCCAGUGUCGCUUCGACUGAAAGGUCGGCCGGCCCCAGGGCCGCGUCGACCGGGCCAGUAACCUUUCUGUGAUUUUCUGUACAUAGACCGCCCCGAGCGGAAUGUAAAUACCGCGGGUUCCCUCGGACGGCCCGGCCGGAGGAGGAGGGACCCGACAAAAAACGCAGGCCAAUAAAGAACAACGCCACGAAAA